GGAUAUGAGGGUUUGUCAAGCUUGGUUGGCUGUGAGUUGUGAUCCCAUUGUCAACACUGGUCAGAAGCGUCAAGGAUUUUGGAAUCGGAUUACAGAGGCAUACAACUCUCGCAGAGGAUCAAUGCCAGAGAGGUCUACAAAAUCUCUCAUGAGCAGGUGGGACAGUAUCAAAACUCAAUGUUCUACAUUUGCUGGAUACAUGAUGGCUGUGCUUCGACAAAACCCAAGUGGCAUGACUGAUGCAGAUAAGACAUCUCUUGCGGCUACUCGGUUUGCUGCUGUUGAAAAGAAGCCCUUCCAUUUCUUACAUUGUUGGUCCAUAUUGAAGGAUCAACCAAAAUGGAUGGACCAGCACAUGGGUAACCAGAUUCCUCCACCGAACCCUAUUGGAACCCAAUCCAAUACUAUUGACUUAGAUGGUGGUGAAGACUCAGCUCCAUCAAGUUUUACUUCGAAGAGACCGCUUGGUCGUGAUUCAGCCAAGGAAAAGGCAAAGAAGCAAAGAUCAGAGAACACAUCAUCCACUGAUUCGGAGUACCUAACACGGAUGGGUGAGCUUUCUUUGGAACGGUUAUCUGUGUACAAAUCAGUAGCUUCAACUGAGGAGAAGAAGUUGGAGUUCAUGAAGAAACAGGAGAGGCAGAAACUCAUAUUGGAGAGGAAGAAGCUUAAUCUAGAGAAGAUGAAGAUGGAACGACAAAAGGUGAAGGAGGAGACGGAACAGGAGGUACUGAUAUUGAGCAUGGAUUUGACAAAAUGUAACCCCCUCCUUCGACAGUACUAUGAGGCGAAACAACAGGAGAUUCUGGCAAGGGUGACUGGAAGCUCGUCGUCAAGCAAGUGAAUGUUCAUGAAGACAUUGUAGUGUUUGAGGAAGUAAUGUUAGUUGUUUUCGAAAACAAGUUUAUUUACA